AUGUCGUUUGGUGGUAAGAGUGAGUACGAUCGGGGUGUGAACACCUUUUCACCCGAGGGUCGUCUCUUCCAGGUCGAGUAUGCGAUAGAGGCCGUUAAACUCGGUUCCACGGCGAUUGGUAUCACCACUAAGGAAGGAGUAGUAUUGGCUGUAGAGAAGAGGGUUGGCAGUCCUCUUAUUGAGCCCAGCAGUAUUGAGAAGCUGAUGCAGAUUGCCCCUCACGUUGGAUGUGCUAUGUCUGGCUUGACAGCUGAUGCGAGGACUCUGGUUGACCACGCUCGGGUUGAGGCAUUGAACCACGACUUCACCUAUAACGAGCCCAUGCAGGUGGAGAGUAUUGUGCACAGUAUAUCUGAUAUGGCUUUGGACUUCUCGAGAUCUGAUGAUAAGAAAAAGAAAGGUGACAAGAAGAAGAAGACUAUGUCCCGUCCCUUUGGUGUUGCCUUGUUGGUGGCUGGUGUGGACUCUGAUAAUGGUCCUCAACUUUUCAUGGCUGAUCCUAGUGGCUCAUAUACGAAAUACCGAGCUGCUGCUAUUGGCUCGGCUGCUGAGGGAGCAACAAGCCUUCUGUUGGAGCAGUUUAAGGAGAGUAUGAGCUUGAAGGAGGCUGAGGAUCUAGCAUUGGUUGUACUGCGUCAAGUAAUGGAAGAAAAGAUCACUGAGAUUAACGUUGAGGUUGGUGUUGCGAAGGACACCACUUUCAAGACGCUCUCCGUUGCUGAGGUUCAGAGCAUCAUCGACAGGUUGCCGGCUCCAACGGUAACGUGUCCCAACAUUGCUCUCGGCCACGACAGGAUCGGCCUAAACUAA